AGAACUUCCUGACUUUCACAGUCCUCCAUUCCUCCUCUCCUGUCGCCGGAUUUUUAUCUCGUCUCCAUCUCUGGACUCUCUCCGCAGAAAAACCUAGCUUUCCAUCAGAACUUCCAUGGCGGUUCGAGCCGUCAACGGCUGCUCAAUCUUUCCCCUCAUCGCCUUCCGACGCCGCCACUUCCCCUUCAAGACCUCCUACUUUCGCCGUUGCUCUCAGCAAGGGUUUUCAUUUCCUGUGUCUCCUUCCGGGAGGAAAGUUCUCGAUCAUGGCGGUACUUGGAGCUGCUCGGUUCACAGUUUGGUCGAUAGCGUCAUGGAAGAGCUUCGGACCUCCCGCAAACGGAGGAGAAUUCGCGCCACCUCAAGAGUGGAAAUAGCAACAACAGGAGAUACUCUUGAAGGCAGACUUGAGAAACGAACACUGCAGAAAGGGUUGCUGCUAGAGUUCAAGAAGGAAUCAGAUAGAGUAUUGCUUGCUGUUGCUCAGAAACCUGAUGGCAAGAAGAACUGGAUGGUCUCUGAUCAGAAUGGUGUGACAUCAUCCAUUCGACCUCAACAAAUUACAUAUAUUGUUCCUGGUGUUGAGAAGUUCAACCAUGAGGACAUUGGGGACUUCAUCCAGAAAGCUCAAGAUAAUUUGGAUCCUUCAUUGCUAGAAUUUGCUUGGGUUGAGCUUCUUGAGAAAAACAAGUCAGUGACAACAGAAGAAUUAGCUGAGAUGAUUUUUGGUAGUGCGGAGCCUCUGGAGAGUUACUGUGCCCAUCUUUUGCUUUCAAAAGAUGAAAUUUAUUUCACUGUGCUCGAGACAAAAGGUUCAUUCUCUGUGUAUGGACCUAGACCUACCGUACAGGUAGAGGAACUUCUACGUAGGAAGCUCAUGAAGGAGGCUGCUGAGAAAGAGCUGGAGGAGUUUGUUCAAUUGCUGAAAUCUGCUCAGGCGAUGCCUAUGGAUGUUAAACCUCCCAAAUCAGCUUGGAAGGCUGACGAGAAAAUUAGACACAAAAUUGAGUCACUUGAAUCAUACGCUAUUGAUGCAUGCAUGAACGAUGACCAAAAGAGAACUGCUGGACUGAUUCUGAAAGCAAUGGGUCUGGCAAAAACAGCAUCAUCGGCAGUAAAUCUCCUCAUAGAUAUUGGCUACUUUCCUGUUCACGUUAAUCUAGAGCUGUUGAAGCUAAAUAUUGACACCGAGCAUUCAGAAGAAGUGAUAGCAGCUGCAGAAAGUCUUCUGGCAGAGUCGCCUGAUCCAGAUAAGCUUAUUAGGAAGGAUCUUACUCACUUGAAGGUUUACGCCAUUGAUGUCGAUGAAGCUGAUGAGCUUGAUGAUGCUCUGAGUGCAACAAGGCUCCAAGAUGGGCGCAUAGGAGUUUGGAUUCAUGUCGCAGAUCCUACUAGAUUUCUUCAUCCAGGGAACAUAGUUGACAGGGCUGCAAUGAAAAGAGGAACUUCAAUUUUCUUGCCUACAGUCACAUAUCCUAUGUUUCCAAUAAAACUUGCCAUGGAAGGAAUGAGUUUGAAGCAGGGAGAGAUUUGCCAUGCUGUAUCAGUAUUUGUUGUGCUUCGUUCUAAUGGAAGCAUUGCUGAAUAUUCAGUGGACAAUACAUUCAUUAAACCAACCUAUAUGCUGACACAUGAGAGUGCAUCUGAGUUACUUAAUCUGGAUCUGACGGAAGAGGCUGAGUUAAAAAUUCUGUCUGAGGCUGCUACUCUACGAUGGAAAUGGCGAUGCGAGCAGGGUGCUACUGAUGCGGCCUCAUUAGAGACACGCAUAAAAGUGCCUAAUGCAGAGGAUCCUGAGCCUGUGAUUAAUCUCUAUGUCGAAAACCAGACAGACCCUACUAUGAGACUUGUAUCUGAGAUGAUGAUACUCUGUGGAGAAGUUAUAGCAACUUAUGGUUCCCGCAAUAACAUUCCUUUACCUUACAGAGGACAGCCACAAUCAAAUAUUGACACAUCUACAUUUGCACAUCUUCCAGAAGGACCUGUUAGAAGUGCUGCUAUUGUUAGAAUAAUGCGUGCUGCUGAAUUUGAUUUCAGGAGUCCUAUCCGCCAUGGAGUUUUAGGGGUUCCUGGUUAUGUUCAGUUUACAUCGCCUAUCCGUAGAUAUAUUGAUCUCCUUGCUCAUUACCAGGUUAAGGCAAUAAUUAGAGGUGAAUCUCCUCCCUUUUCAGCUGGUCAGCUGGAAGGAAUUGCAGCUACAAUUAACAUGCAGACUAGAGUAUCAAGGAAGCUCUGUAACAGCAGCCUUCGGUAUUGGAUUGUAGAAUAUCUCAGAAGGCAACCAAAAGAAAGAAAAUUCCGGGCAUUGGUUCUUAGGUUCAUCAAGGAUCGUAAUGCAGCCUUACUGUUAAUCGAGGUGGGAUUUCAAGUGUCUGCAUGGGUGUCUACUGCACAGAUUGGAGAUGAAGUAGAGGUUCGGAUAGAGGAAGCUCAUCCGCGUGAUGAUGCAAUCCAUCUUAAGGAGGUUGUGAAUUAAGGAGGUUGUUAAUUGAGAAAUACAAAGAGAUUCUUAUGGUCGGAACUUUGUGUCAAAGGAACUAUGUUGUACUGGAUUUGCAAGUCAUUUCUUUUUUCUUCCCGCCACUGGCAAGUUAUGCUUCUUCAGCUAGCGGGAGAAUUCUCAGUUUUAACAUGGCCUACAUCGUUCUCGGGAAAUGCGCGCCAAUUCAAGUUCUGGAUCCAAAUACUUUGGAACACAUGAAUUUCAUCCAAGUCAGAAUCAUUCUUGCUACACCAGUUGACUAUGGUUGUCCAAACUGAGUAGCAUAGCAGGUUCUUUGUUGAAUCAGUUUUGAAUAUAUGCCAAGUCUAACAAGCAAGAUUUUCAAUGAGGUUUCCGUUCAGUUAUCUGACAUCCGUACGUGACGACUGAGCAGACUAUCAAUAUGUGACAUCCAGUACGCGUGAGCAUACCAUUCAUUGGAGUUUCUUGUAUCGGUAAUAAUAGUAUGUAAGUUAUCUGAUCAAUUAGCUAUUCAACGGUUUGUAUACUAGAAUAAUGUUACAGAUACAGAGUUGCUCCUGACCAUAUUUGAUAUUACAUGCACAUUUCUUAUGUACUGAUUAGUCUUUUGAGGGCGAUGAAUGUUUAUAGCCGGGGCCUGUUUGGUACAUGGGUUCAAAUUAGAGUUCUUGAUUAUAGUUUUUGAAAUUCAAAUUUUUUGU